AAGGUCCUUCGGGCGGGUCGGUUAGUGUAACGGUGUUAUUUCGCUCCCACUGGGAACCAAAAAUCAAAAAAAAAAAAAAAACAUUGACUGGCUUGGCCCAAAAGUAAACAACAACAAUAAUUGAAUAACAAUUGACACAGCUCUGGAGUACAACGCAUAUGUUGUAUAAUUAAGUUAACUAACCUCAUAAUCGCAGGGGAAACGCGCUUGCAGAAAAUACAAAUUAUAUAAACACACAGGAGCCGGGCAGGAUUCAAUGACCGCAAAAAGAUAACCCGCCGAUAACGCGGUCCAUGGUUCAGUGGCAAUUUGCAUUGAUGAACUGUGUGUGCUCGUCGCCGCCCGCCGUGAAUAACAAAAACCGAGAAAACAAAACCAAUCUGGGGGGCAUCGAUAAUCAGAAGCCCAGGACCGGGGAACCAGGAUCACACAGCCUCCUGCCCGAUUAUCCUUUGAAGUCCCCAGUGAGUGAGUGUGUUCGUCUUAUUCCCCUGUCUUCGUCAGUGUGCAAAGUGUGAAAAAGCGCAAAAUAAAUAUUAAAAGCGAUACGUGCGUGGAUUAGAAAGCAUAAAGCCGGCAAAGUUGAAGGAGCAGAAACCACAACAACUACAGCUACAGUUUGAAAGGGCAAAAGUGCCGAAAGAGCUGCCCUGCUGAAGUAUUCCAACGCGUUCGCCAUAAGACACUGCCGCCAGCAGACGGCGUCUGGCGCCGGAACUGUCUAGCGGCAGCAAAAACCAGCAGCAGCAGCAGCAGCGGCAGCAGCAGAUAUUGCGACUGUAGCGGCAACAAACAGACAUGGCCAGCAAAAGGAUACGGCCAGAAGAAGGACGAAGAAGGAUGAGCGCCUGUAGACCGGGAGCCUUGCAUACGGCACUCAAUAUGCUGGCGUUGAGCUGGAUUAUAAUCUCAGAGUUAUUGCUCAGUGCUCACUGCCUGAAGGAUCUGAAGAUAUUUGUACCGGAGGCCGUCAUCAUGGGAAAUGCAGCGACAUUGUCUUGUCAAUACGAUUUGGAGCAGGCGGCACUCUACGCGGUGCGCUGGUACUUCGGCCAGGAGGAGUUCUACCGCUACGUUCCCCGCGAGGCCAAGCCCACAUUCGUCUUCGCCGUCGCCGGCAUUAAUGUUGAUCUCUCCAAAUCGGACGCCACGUCGGUGACCCUGAAAGGUGUCAACCGGGGCCUGAGUGGAACCUAUCAGUGCGAGGUCUCCGAGGACGCACCGCUCUUCCACACGGAGAUCCGCUCGGCGCACAUGCAGGUGAUUGAGCUGCCCAAGGACAAUCCGGUGAUGCAGGUGGACAAGAAGGUGAUUGGCAUUAACGACCACUUCAAGGCCGUGUGCACGGUGGGCCCUUCGUAUCCGCCGGCGAACAUUACCUGGUUAAUCAACACACGCCCGAUCCACAGGACCCCGCAGCAGCGCAUCACGCAGGACGCCUUCGACGGCUCCAACACGUACUCCUCGCUGGAGAUCCUGCCGCACAGCCAGGUGCUGCAGGGCUUCUUCGAGACGAACUACCAGCACAGCGUGAGCCUGCAGUGCGAAGUGACCAUCCUGCACAUGUUCCACAAGAUCGUCGAGGCGCGGAUCGGUCUGAACCGGGCGCCGCCGACGACCAUAUCGCCGAACCUGCUGGGACUGGAGGGUUCGAAGCGGUACGUCAACGGCGAUCCCGACAAUUCGGCGUUGACUGGCGCCUCGCAGCGCUGCUGCAUCUGCUGCGGCGCUUUGGGUGCCAUUUCCCUGGCGAUUUUCACAUUAGCGUUGGCCCAACUGUGACCUUGCCGGACAGCAGCUUAAACCGUUCAUGGCAAACGAAUGGAAAACGAAUGCAAACGCAGCCGGACAAGUCACCUCCAAGGAAGAAUUAAUUAAAGAAUAACAUGCAUGUGGAGCAUGCUUAAUUGUGUGAAGGAAAAAAAAACAACAGAAAGGAAAUGCAAAAAUCAAAAGCAAAAAAAAAGAAACAGAAACAUAAUAAUAAUAAAUAUGGGAGAGGGGAAAAAUGUUUGGCGACAGGCCCGGUAGCAUGUCCUUGUAUUUUAUAUAUAUUUUCUGUUUGGUUCGCCUCAUUCGCCAAAGAAAACAAAAACCAGCAACUGGGUCGCAGUCCAUAAGUUCAAAGCGAAGGGAUAUUUUUAAUGCAUUCAUUAAUUUGCGGUGGCUACAUACAAAAAUUCUGAUAAUAACAAUACAUUAAACAUAAGUCGGCCGGGGCUGAAUUUCCACACAAACACAGCUCGGGCAAAGGUUAAAAAUAAUAAUAAUAGUAAAAGUAAAUAUAUAGCGUAAAUUUAAAACAUAACAGGCGUAAUUUCAUGUUAUGUAUAGAGGCGUGAUGUUGAACUCUUCGAAGAAAAAAAAAUGGAAAAGAAAACAAAACUGCCUGCAGACAAACACAAGCAUAGGAAAAAAAAAACCGAAAUGAAUCCAUAAAUUUAAAUAAAUUAACACAUGCACUUGCAACCCAAACUUGCAAAAACAAAUUACAUAACAAAAGAAAAACAACAAUUAAUAAGCAUAAGUGACACACAUUUAAAUACUAAGUACACCCUACCCUCCAACUACCGCAGCCUAGGCACAUAAGUUAUGUAAAUAAUUACUGUAAAGAACUCAAAUUAUAAAAAAAAAAACAGAAUAAAUUAAUAAAUACGAAACCCUCGCAUGGGCAAACAUUAAUUAAAGCUAGAGCAAAGUGUGGAAAAAAGUUAAAUACAAAACUAAUUAAGUCCUUAUGAAAAAUCAAUGAAAUCAAAAAUGGAUAUCGGCAAAAUUCAGUUUAAUUGAAUUUGUUUUAAUUUCAACUAUGGCUUAUUUGCGCUAUUAUUUUGUCGAUUGUCUGCUAAAUGUUUCGUUUCCGUUGAACGGUUUGCGUUGGCAGCAUAAGAUGCACUUUGUUUUAGACUAAAUUUACAUGCGUACAUGCAAAAAUAUAUAUUUAUCGAUUAAUAAAUGUCAAGACGAAAGAAUUUAGUGCGUAUAUGUUAGUUGGAAGAUGUUAAGAUUAUAUUCUGUCGAACUCACUAAAAGUAAAACCAAACUCCUUGGCCAAAGGACUAUUUUUAGAUGUUCAUGAUUGUGCAUCGUGUGCUCUGCAUAUACAAUGUAUUUCUCAUCCAAGAAACGAAAGCCCAAAAAAGCUAAAAUAUUGUAAAUCAAAACAAAGAAGACAAACAAUAUGAUUUUAGCGAUUUGCGAGUGGCAGGUCGACAUAACUAAAAAACAAACUAAAACUAACUAAACCAAAAAAAGCAACUCUAAUAAUAAAAUGUAAAAUCAAAAUUAAAUACAGGAAAACGAGGAAAUAAUUCAAAACCAAUAAAGGCCGAGCAAAUGAGUCAACACACAAGAGGAAAUUAUAUAUUAAAUAUGCAUAAUUAUGGAUAAUUUAAUGCGAGUUAAGCAAAGCCAAAAAGGUCAAACGAAAUCAAGCCACACAGAGAAACCAACCAAACAACAACAAAGUGUACGCCAAUGUGGGCGUCGAAUUUAGCUCAAAAUUAAAUGCGAUAAUGGCAAGAAUUAUAUGACGAAAUAAAUAAAUAAUACAAAAUGUA